CUCCUCGUGGUUUGCGUGCGUGCUUCCUUUCGCUCCUCAUUUUUUUGAGUGUUUCGUAAAUUUUUGAAAUUUUGAAAGGUUAGAAAUUUGUUUUUUUGUAAAAAGAGUCAUUAGGUAUCCUUUUUAUUUGAGGUUUAAGCCAAAUCGUUUCAGUAUCUUUGUGGGUGUCAACAAUGGAUUCUUCUCCUGAACAGCAAGGUCAGCAACCGCAACCCAGCACGUCUUCUGGAAUCCGCGAGGAAUCUGCUAUUAACGCCUGGAAUGCGGCGUGCACUAAUCGCCUCCAAACUUUGGCGGAAUCAAUUGAUCCGACCGAGCUGAUCGCAUCCCACACGAACGUUGGAGUCUAUCAGGCUCUUUUGAACAAAAUGCAUUUGACCAAGGAUGCUGAAUCCGUCGCUGCUGCAGCAAAAUUGCUCGGACCGAUGUUGCCGAAACAGGAGGGCGAAGAAGCCGAAAAACCAGAAGGGGCAGGUGACGACGAGCCUGACAUUGACGAAGACGUGGUUGGCGACCAUGGCGCGGACGGGGACGAGGCUGAGGCGGGAAAUGAGCGGCAGAAGACAGGCGCGGCAAGUCGCCACUCGGAGAACAAAAAGGAAUAUUUGAAAGUCAUCGAAACCACGGUGAGCCGUUUGAUGAACGAACGGGACGAAUUGGAUGAUAUCAUUAAGAAAAUGAUGGAAGCAGAGAAAAAAGUGACCCAAGAGUCCGACAUGUACAUGGAAAUGAUCAAGUACGUGGAUAGUAUCGCAUGUGACGACAUGAGUCCACGGGAGUGGGAGGAGUUCUUUGAGAAGCACUUUGUCCAGGGUGUUUUCAAGGUGGGGGAUUACCGCUAUCCAGUUUCUGAUCAAUUGUACCUGGAAGAAGCACCAGGUGAGGAAGAGGAAGCACCCAAGGCGGCAAAAACGGGCGAUCAAGCAACCCAGCCAUCGCCAUCAGUUGACGACGAAGGGAAGGAGAACUUGAUCGGCGAUUUAACCCUGGAUUAAUUGACGGACGACCAGUUCUUUAAGACUGAUGUAUUAAUUUAAACUUUUAGGGGUGCUCUUUUAGUACAUCUUUACAUCGAAUUUUUUCUAUUGUCAAUUUUUUUAUGAAAAAAAUAGUGAAAUAAAUCACAAAAUUUUUCAACUAUUAAA